UCCUUUUCAACGUGCAACUACAAGAUGUCACGCAAUACCCCUCUCGAUCACUUGCAGGAGCGUCUGGUCUGCACAGCAUCACUUCUGGGGUCUUGUCCCCGCAUCUACAGUACAGUACCACUUUGGCACUCGCCAUACCUACUCAUCAAUCCAGCGAAAACCCCUGCAACAGUUGUCCGCCAGCUAGCGCCUCUCCAAUAGAGAGUCCAAUCGUAUAACCUUCCAACUUGGGGUCGACAGUCACUCUAACCUUGAAUACCAUAUGAGGCGUGCCCCUCGGCUAUACCGGAAAGGCCCAAGCGUCGUGCAACCAAGCCCCCGGUCAUCCUCGCCACACUUAAAUCUUACCACUUGCCUUAGCGUUGGAGGGGGAUGGCGGGGAUCG